GAAGAUGGAUGAUGAUAUGGAGGAUGAAAUUAUCUACGAACUGUUCACAGCACACGCACACAUCCUGUGGAGGUACCUAGGCGUGACUACAGCAGGGCUCAUUGAGCUGGUCAUCCCAGGCCCAGGGGAGAGCGUCAAGAUGAAGAUCUUCCAGCCAGGGCCGUUCAUGUUCCUCAUUUUCCUGGUGAUUGUGGCCAGCGUGGUGGUCCAGAGCAGCAGCCAUCUCCUGAGGCAGUGGAUGGUCCGCCUGUGCUGCGUGCUGGGGCUCAACACCGUCACCGACUCGGGCCUCAAGAGCUUUGGGGGCAUAGAGCUUGUGACAGGCUCCAUUAGCUCGGAUAAUGUCUCGUGGGAAUUUAAGGAUGGCAUUGUGGGAGUCUACAGCAUGCAAGGGCGACGAGGCAACAUGGAGGACAGAUUUAGCGUGAUCCAAGACGAAGAUGUUGGGGAAAAGAAAAUGUCUUUCUUCGGAGUCUUUGAUGGCCAUGGAGGUCAGUACACAGCAGAAUUUGUCAAGGAUCACCUCUUCAAGAACACCAUAGAGAAGAUCAAGCAACUCCGUUCUCAGGCCAGCAUUGGCAAAAAUGGAAACAACAACAUCCCUGGAAGCAGCAGCAAGAACACAAACGGAAAUGGAAAGUCCAGCACUGCAGCCAGCAAGGUAUCGACACAAGGCACCACCACAGCCACUUUAAACAAUGUGAACAAAAAGUCAUCGUGUAGCAGCACCAGCAGCAGUGAGGCUGAAACUGCCAAGAAAAGCAGUACGACUCUACCAACAGGAAAAACAGAGGAGGCAGGUGCUGACAAAACUGCAGAGAGUGGCAGCAGUUGCAGUACCAGUGAUUCUGAGGGUAACAACAAUAGUCAGUCUGACAGUGUAGAGUGCAAAGGGGCUUGUCCAGGCAGUGGUGUGGAGACCAUCUCCCAACCCAGUAGUGGGUCCAUCUCUUCUUCCUCAUCCUCAUCCUCAUGCCCCGCCUCUACCUCGGCCAAGCCAGCUGACCCUGAGGUUUCCUCCAAGAAGGAUGACCUGUACAACAGUGUGAGCCUUAAGAAACGCAGCUCUGUCUCAGGCAGCAGUUCCAAUGGCAAUAACAGUAAUAACAAUAGCAAUAGCAAUAGUGCCAGUAAGGAGAAGAAAGAUGACUCUAGCUCCAGCAGCAGCAGCAACAGCAGCAGCAACAGCAACAGCAACAGCAACAGCAGCAGCAGCAGCAGCAGCAGCAGCAGCAGCAGCAGCAGUAGUAGUAGCCAGUCUUCUGGGUACAUUGACACUCAAAAGAACAUAAACUACACCAGACUAUUAACGGACCAAAUCAUGGCAGUAGACAAGCAAGUAGUGCAGCAUUGCAAGAGCAGGACAGACAUGUCAGGCACAACAGCAGUAAUUGCCUUGUUGGAUGGUGAGCUGCUGGUUAUUGGCAAUGUGGGCGACUCCAGAGCAGUCAUGGGUGACCUCAAGGGAUCAACCAUUCCACUCUCCUUUGAUCACAAGCCUAACCAGCUGAAGGAGAGACGACGAAUCAAGGAGGCUGGAGGCUUUAUCACCUUCUCAGGUGUUUGGCGUGUGGCAGGCAUUCUGGCAACCUCCCGUGCCCUUGGAGAUUUCCCCCUCAAGGAACCUCGCAAGCUGGUCACUGCCGAGCCAGACGUCCUCACAUUCAGUCUUCGUGAUCACAAGGCACACUUUGUCAUCUUGGCCACGGAUGGGCUUUGGGAUGUGUAUAGCAAUGAGGAGGCAGUAGCAUACGUGCGAGACCACAUCCACGAGUCGGACUUUGGUGCCAAGUCCUUGUGCCUGAGUGCUUACUACCGGGGUUCUCAGGACAACAUCACUGUUGCCAUCCUCAACAUAGACAAGUUGGGCUUGUGAAUGAUGCAUUCAUUCUUCUUGAUCAUUUCCGUAGUUCAAAAAAAUGAAAUCAUGAGAGCCAUAACCCAUGGGCAACUGACUACAUACAUUGAAUAUAAUAUAUAUAUAUAUAUAUAUAUAUAUAUAUAUAUAUAUAUAUAUAUAUAUAUAUAUAUAUAUGGUUAAAAAAGGCUAUUGUCCCAUAACCAUUUCAGUAAAAAUAUUUAUCUAAUUCCUCAAUAGGAAAACAAGUAGGCUCAUUUAUCAUAGGUUUAUUACCCAGAAAUAUUAACUAUAGAGCACUUUUCUGUACUUUGAUUUCAUUCUAAUAUACCAUGGCUUGACCAGUUCAUUCAAAGGAGUCAGUGGGAAGUAGAUUUCUUAAAAAGUCACUUCAGAUUGGUUAUUCAGUUGCUUUAUAGGUUCUGGGUGUCUCUCUCUGCUGAUGACUUGCAUUACGUCUCAGUGGAAGGUUUAUUAGAAGGCUAGUCAAUUUGUGUUUUGCCAUGGCAGGAUUAGAAGAAUGCUAGUGUGAUAUACUACUCAACGAUAUGUAAAUAUAUAAACACUAUAUUACGUACAUAGGUAAGGUUUUGAUACGGAUGGCUACUCUAUUUUGGGAUUCAGAGCGAAAUAAUUCUGUGGAAUCUUUUUUUUUUAUUAUUAUUAUAUUAUUAACAAAGUCGUCAUAUGGAUAUAUGUGCAUAUACCAUUUUUUGUGUUCUGUUUCCAAAAAGAAAUGUAUGCUUUCAGAAUGAAAAAAGUCAGUAUAACUUAAGGAAGAAUCAGUGGUUGAUAUAUUGAUGUUUUAAGGUGGAAAUAAAUGUAUAAUUAAAUAAAUAAAUAUAUUAUUGAAGAAAAAUAUUAGAACCAUAUUUAUCUGACUGCAUAUGCUUUGGACCUCCGUCCCUUAGGCUCUUGUUCUGUAUGUUUUCUCUGGCAAGCUGUAAGUCCUUUUUCUGUUAGGUGUAAAAAUAGAAAGAAUGUAAGUGAAUGAAAUUUAUCAGUUCAGUAUACAGGGAAGAAACACAGAUUUGUGUAUUGUGCAAUAAUAUUUAUAGUGUUUUUGUAUUUUUUGAUGGGAGCCAUUCUUGUGCAUUUAUCAAAAGUUACAGAUACCAAACUGUGUUUAGUGCUCUCUAUGUAUUUAUUAUUAAGACACUGCUUAUUACUCAGAUGAUAAUUGUUACCAGUCAGGAUCUUUUGAUACCAUAGAACAUUAUGUUAGCACACUGUUCAAUCCAGCUGCAGCCACACAGGAAGGCUUCAUUAUGCUAAAAACCUCUACAUUCAUGUAUUAUUUAACCUGUAAGUCAGAACAAGGCAUAUGUGUAAAAGGCUGAAUACUUUUGUUUAAGGAUCUCUGUUGAAUAGCUCAUGAGUGGCAAUGGUUCUCCUCACAGCAUUCCUAGGAUUUUUUUUUUUUUUUUUAUGUUUUUCUGCCAGAUUUUGUUUUUCUUUCUCAGUUCUAUUAAGUAUUUUUUGUAGGUGUUAAUUUCAUAUAUUUACAUUUUACUUUUUUCACGUAUUUGUGAAGAAAUAAUUGUGCAUUAAAAAAAUAUGCUCAAA